GCGUUUUCCUAUCAUCUCCAUCCUCUGAAGCAGCAAAUCGCCCCAAACAUCCAGUCGACCCGAGGCUAAACCACAUCUCAGAAAGUCCCCUGCCGAUUCGAGCUCGACGUUCCGUACCUCGGCCACCUCGACAACUCCAAUGGCCUCAAGCCCGGCACGCGUCUAAACCUACCCCUAUGGCUCGCCGAAAUGUUCGCCCUCGCCUCUGCCGGAGAAGACUCCAAGCCGCCUCUGACCCUAACGCUACCGCCCUGCCUGUCUGAACAAGUGCUCGCCGCGCUCAAGGCCGAUCCACGAGCGGUUCCGCUGCGAGACCAGAGCGCAUACUUUUACGGCGUGGCGGUUCGGAUGCUGGACCUGUUUGACGAGAGGGAGCUGAGCGCCAUUCUGAGGAGAACGUAUGUGGUAAGAGCGGCCGACGUGGGACUACAUGCGAGAAAGGCGGAGGAGUCAGGGCUGGGAGGACAGGGAGAGGAGUUCUUGCGGGGACUGGAUGAGUGGGAGAGACGGCUGUUUAGGAGAGGGCAUGAGGGCGUCAAGGGAGCCAAGGAGUGGACGGAUAAUGUGAAGAAAUCAUGAUGCUGGGCAGGUGACGGAGCGCUAGUUAUGAUGAUACCCUGGGCAUAGAAGAGAUGACGAUGCGAUGCAUGAAAUAGAGUACAGCUUGGACUGCUGCCGAGAAGAAAUGGCUUGGCGCGAGGGGAUUUACAGGCAUUGUUAAUGCUACAAUGCAAUGUUAUCUAGUGAUCAAUAGCGAUCAAUUUACAAAAGACCUUUGGCUCAAACUCAUUUCUACAGCAAAGU